AUGGAUCGGAGUUGGAUAAAUUUGAUACGUACAACAAAUGAAUAUGAGAGUGGAGUAGAACAAUUUCUUGAAUUUGCAAAGAUGAAUGUUCCAGACAAUAACGGAAGAUUCUAUUGUCCGUGUGUUAAUUGUUUGAAUGAGCAAAAAUUACCAACUGAAGUUAUUCGAGAGCAUGUUCUAUGUGAUGGAUUCCUAAAGAGCUACACAAAGUGGACAUGGCAUGGUGAAUUAAUAGACAUGCCAAGUGUAAGUGACUCUCAAGUAGAAAUAGAAGAAGUUGAUUUAGAGAUGGGUGAUCGGUUAGAGGACAUGAUAUGUGAUGUCGGACAUGAUUCCUUCCAACGUGCUCAUAUGUAUGACAGCUUGUGCAGUGACGCAGAAAAACCUUUAUAUCCAGAAUGCACUAAGUAUACUCGAUUGUCAGCUGUGUUAAAAUUGUUCAAUGUAAAGGCAAGAAAUGGGUGGACUGAUAAAAGCUUCACAGAGUUGCUUGAGUUGUUGAGUGACAUGCUUCCAGAAGGUAACACAUUGCCAACACGCAAUUAUGAUGCGAAGAAGAUAUUGUGUCCCAUGGGUAUGGAGUAUAAAAAAAUUCAUGCAUGCCCAAAUGAUUGUAUUUUGUACAAGAGCGAGUUUGCCAAGUUACAUCAAUGUCCACAAUGUGGGGUAUCACGAUACAAACAAAAAGAGGGUGAGUUUGAAUGUGAUAGUAAGGGUCCUCCUGCAAAAGUCUUAUGGUAUCUUCCUCUUGUUCCACGAUUGAAACGCUUGUUCAGUAACUCAAAUGAUGCAAAACUCAUGAGAUGGCAUGCAGAUGGACGUAUAAAAGAUGGGAAUUUAAGGCAUCCAGCAGAUGCAAUGCAGUGGAAGAAUUUUGAUUCCAUGUUCCCUAAUUUCUGUAAAGAUUCAAGAAACAUUAGGUUUGGACUUGCCACAGAUGGAAUGAAUCCAUAUGGAAACUUGAGCAGUAAACAUAGCUCGUGGCCUGUGAUGUUAGUGAUUUACAAUUUACCUCCAUGGUUGUGUAUGAAACGCAAAUAUGUGAUGUUAUCCUUGAUGAUCUCGGGUCCAAGACAACCAGGAAACGACAUUGAUGUUUAUUUAGCCCCAUUAGUUGAAGAUUUAAAGAUGUUAUGGGAGGAAGGUGUUGAUAUGUUUGAUGGGUACACUGGUGAUUCAUUCAAGUUGCAUGCCAUGGUAUUUUGUACUAUCAACGACUUUCCAGCUUAUGGUAAUUUAAGUGGCUAUAGCACUAAGGGUCAUAAAGCAUGCCCUAUAUGUGAAGAAGGCACAUGUCAUCGUCAAUUACAGCAUGGAAGGAAAACAGUAUACCUUGGACAUCGAAGGUUUCUUAGUACAAACCAUCCAUAUCGUAAAUUAAAGAAAGCAUUUGAUGGGUAUCAAGAAAAUGAAUUAGCUCCAAUGGCUUUAAGUGGAUCACAAGUAUAUGAGCGUGUGAAGGACAUUGGGGUUGUUCUUGGAAAGACACAAAAAAAAGGCACUUCAAGCAACAUAUGGAAGAAAAGGUCAAUUUUCUUUGAUCUCCCAUAUUGGAGGGUUCUUGAUGUCAGACAUUGUUUAGAUGUUAUGCAUGUAGAGAAAAAUGUUUGUGAUAGUAUUAUCGGAACACUCCUCAAUAUUCAAGGGAAAACGAAAGAUGGACUCAAUGCUCGCUUGGACCUGGUUGAAAUAGGUAUAAGAGAACAAUUAGCUCCAAUAUCACAUGGUAAGCGGACAUACUUGCCUCCAGCAUGUCACACAUUGUGUAAACAAGAAAAAAGAAGUUUUUGUGAAUUUUUACAAGGUGUGAAAGUUCCACUGGGUUACUCUUCUAAUUUUAAACGAGUUGUAUCCAUGAAAGAUCAUAAAUUACUUGGGUUAAAAUCUCAUGAUUGUCAUGUAUUGAUGCAACAACUACUACCAGUGGCUAUUCGGGGCAUAUUGCCUAAGAAUGUUAGAUACACAUUAACAAGAUUGUGCUUCUUUUUCAAUGCAAUAUGUAGUAAAGUUAUUGACAUUAAGAAGUUGGAUCAACUAGAAAAUGAGGUUGUGGUCAUAUUGUGUCAGUUGGAGAUGUACUUUCCUCCAUCAUUCUUUGAUAUUAUGGCAAAACAAGUGUUUUAUGUCACUGAUCCCGAAGACAAUAGAUGGUCAGUGGUGCUCCAAGGUAGACCAAUGCAUUAUACUGAUGACAAUAAUGAAGUUGUUCUUGAUAUUAGUGAAACUCCAUCUUUCUCAUCAAAUAUGCCAACCUUGAAUGUCGAUAAUGAAGUAGACGACGUCCAUGCCAUACGUGAUGAUCAUCACGAAGGGUUGUGGGAGAACAUUGCAACUUGA